CCAAAUAUGUUCGACUUCAAAUACAACAUACAACAGAAGGCAACAGCAGAGACGCAAGAUUUCGGAUAUGAGAGCUAUCAAGUCAUUUUAGAUCAUGAUAUAUUUGGCAAAAGGUGUGCUAAACUCACGCUUAAGUGGCUAAGAUUAUGGGGCCAUGGCAGGUAGAAGGCGCGAAGAUCGGAACUGUACUUUUGACCGAGGAAGUUAAUGGGUGCACCUGAUCGUAUCACCCUUUGUAAAUCUGCUUCAAUAGAAAAACGUAAAAAGACCAUUCUGAACUAGGUGUGAGGAUAUUGAGAAAUGGCAAGUCUAUUGAAGUCGUACUCAAAUGGGCGAUGCUGUUCAAUGACGAACGCCGUGGAAAAGGAAAUACCUGUUACUAGUGGUGUGAUUAUUUAGAACACUGUAUCAAGUUCAUCACAUCCAAGAUGACUAUGAUCGACAAGCUGCGUUCUCACAUGCCACACAUAAACUUCAAGCAUCGACAUGUUCUAGAGCACUUGUAUUCUACGCUGAAAGUGAAAGUUGUAUGGGUUGUUCUCAACUCUGCGUUUUCGAGGAUCGGUGCCGUGCCGAUCAUCAUCCUCACCUACCUGGGCUUCUCGCUGCUCGUCUCCGGCUUCGUACUGACCGUGCUGGCCUACGCGCCCACCGACAGCUACCUGAUGGUCAUGAUCCAGGACAUGGGCAUAGCCGGCUUUGUCGGACCCGUGGCACUCGUCAUUGGAUUGAUCAUCUUCGUCAUCGGCCUCAUAUUCUGCCUCUGCGGAACAAGGGACGAUCAGGAUGACUAACCCGGGCAGCGUGUGGAGAAGCCGGCUAUCAAGCAAUCAAUGACUCUCGUGGACUGAAGAUUGUGCCGCGAUAGGAGGGGUUUCGUCAUCUUGCAUUCAUCGCAUCCUACUAGCCUAGCGUCUCCCGUUUGUUUUCCCUGGUUUGGACGCAUGGCGGAAGCUCAUUGAAUGAGUUGCGGAGAUAGGUACUUGAUAUCAAUUAUGGGAUACUGAGCGGUUGAGUUGUCAUUCACUAUCGCUGUGCCUCGCCUAGAGGCUUUUGUUCAAAACCGGUGCCGAUUGUCCCUCUUCCGUUCUAUAUUCUUUACCUUUGUUUGAUUAUUCCAGCUGUUCCCUACAACAGCAACGGAACUUCAACAUCACUCAUAGAUCAAAACGGAUAUGCUUCGAUGCCUCGAUGUGUUUCAUGUUCUUUGUUUGACGGGCAUAGCGACGUGCGCAGCUGGUCAAGGCGUUGCAUCUUCCUGUGCUGAAAUGCUGAGUGAUUUGCUGCCUACUUUUCAACCGGUUACGGACUUUAUUUGAUUGUGAAGUCGAAGUUUCGUUUAGCGUCACGUGUACAAAGUUUUUGUUUAUAACCAUUUCAUAGCCAGCCUCUGUGCCAUGCUCGUUUUUCAUGUAGCUCUGAGUCGAAAUAUUCGAUGCUGCUGUUUUUUUUUUUUUGUGUGUUCACAAGUGAACCGCUGUGCAAGGCUGUAUAGACGGUAUAGAGAACCGCAAUGAAGAUUGAUAAUUGUAAAAUCGUAAACUUUUCCGCUCACCCAUCGUCUCCUCGGUGCUGCCGUUUACUCAGUGGGUCGGAAGACGCGCAUGUAGAAACGGCGAUUGCGCUGUAAUAAAACAUCGACACCUCACAGAAUGCCGAUGCCUUUUUGUGCUGGCACAGACUCGAGCUACUGAAACGGUGUAUGCGCUUGGAAGCUAUUUAUGGCAAUAAAUGGCCUCUGUGUAA